AUGGGCCUCGUCGUCGUUGUAGGUGCGUCGCGAGGUAUCGGGCUGGAGCUGGUGAGGGCGUACAGGGCCCGAGGGGAGGACGUCCUGGCUACUGUGCGCACUUCAAGCGAGCACCUCGAGGCCACGGGGGCCCGCGUAGUGGACGGCAUCGACGUGACGGAUCCACCAUCGUUGCAGAAGCUCAAGGACGCCGUCGCCGGGACACCCGUCGCCGUCCUCGUGCUCAACGCCGGCUACCUGGGGCAAGCGUCGCCCAGCGACCCCGAUGCCUUCGCGGCCAGCUGCGCCCGCUCCUUUGCCAUCAACGCCACAGCGCCCGUGCUCGUCGUCGACGCCCUGCGCGCCGCCCUCGUCCAGGGCUCCAAGGUGCUGCUCCUCGGCAGCCGCGCGGGGUCCAGCGCGAUGCAGGAGAACGCCGCGUUCGGCGACAUGCUCCCGUACCGCAUGUCCAAGGCGGCCGCGCACCUCGCGGUGGCCAACCUGGCCGUGCAGUACCGCGAGAGGGGCGUGGCGUUCGUGUCCGUGUGCCCUGCGCGCGUCGCGACGCAGAUGACCGCGGACGGCUUCGGCUGGGAGGCUGGAAUGGAGACGGCGCGCGGGAGCGUCAUGACGCCCGCGGAGACGGUGCCGGUGGUGAUGGAGAUCGUGGAUAGCACGAACAUGGAGAACUCGGGGGCGUUCCGCGGGGUGUCGUUCGACGCGCGGGACGGCAAGCGGUACCCGGUCGACUGCGUCUUCUAG